ACUUGAAAAUCAAAAAACAAAGUAAGCCCCCGGCGAGGAUCGAACUCGCGAAGUAAGUGGAAAUCUUUUUCCAAAAACUUGAAAAUCAAAAAACAAAGUAAGCCCCCGGCGAGGAUCGAACUCGCGACCUUUCGCUUACGAAGCGAACGCACUACCACUAUGCUACGGAGGCUGUACAACUUUUUGUACAUGUUGUAUCUCAUAGUCUCAUUACACCCCGAAAUUCAUUAUUAACCUCCAAAUCUGCCUGAUGAUUCUAGGGUUUUGAGAAUUUGAGGGAGGCAGGGAGCGAAGAUGUGUGGGAUAGCGCUGAUUGUGUCUGGAAUUGAUGUUGAUUUAUCUUGUUUAUUCCCCAACUUAGAUUGCCCAUGCCCACUGUCUCCUUCACAGACGUCGCUAUUCUCAGAAGAGGACAUAAGGGCGGCCCUGCAAAGAAGGGGACCUGAUAGUUUAGGAGCUCAUACCAUCAAUGUCUGUUCAAAUUUUUUCCACGGCCAGCAGAAACAGUUCUUGGUCCAGUCUUUUGCUCGAAAAGAAGGGUUGAGAGAAAAUGGCUGUGAGAAUACAUUGCAGGGUAGGUUGCGAUUCAUCGGUGCAACACUGCAACUUAGAGGAGAUAUUCCAGUUUCUCAGCCUGUGACCGAUGCAUUUGGCAAUGUUCUUGUUUAUAAUGGUGAAAUAUAUGGAGGGAUUCAUAUUGGUAGUGACAGCAGUGACACGCAGGCCCUCAUGAAGUCUCUGGGACAGUGUUGCUCAUGUACUUACCAUGGUGAGAGAAAGCCUUCUACCUGUUCUGGAGAAUAUAAUAAAACUGUUCCAGAACUUUUAUCAAGUAUCAAGGGUCCAUGGGCUUUGAUUUAUUGGCAGGAUAGCACAAAAACAUUGUGGUUUGGCCGAGAUGCAUUUGGAAGGCGAAGUCUUCUUGUUCAUUGGCCAACACACCGUGAUGCUCGGCUACUGCUAUCCUCUGUAUCUCCACUUUCUACAAUCCCUCAGCAUUUUGAUAUUGAUGAUGAGAAUGGGAAAGUUGAAGUGAAUUUCUGGGAAGAGUUGCCGUGUGGUGUUUAUAGCAUCUCAAUGUCUCCCAUAAAAACUGAUGCACAUGUUAUCGGGAAAGUAAAAAAACACGAGUGGACUGAUUCUGGUCUGAAAGAUUUGGUGGCAUGGGAGAGAACUUGCAUACAACCUAAAUCCAAGAAUUUAAAUGCUACGAGUUUCAGAAAAACACAGACCAUGGAAGAAAGCACAUUUUCAGAUUUCGAAUUUGAAUUAGAGUCUGUAAAAAGUACACUUUUGGCCCCAUCUCAUAAAGUGUUGAUGGCUCUGAGAGAAUCCGUAAUGCGAAGAACCACUUUAAAUAGAGUCUACCAGGACUUUCUUAAGAGUCAUAGAAAAGAAAGACAUGCUCCUAUAGCAGUGCUUUUUUCUGGAGGUUUAGAUUCUAUGAUCAUAGCUGCAUUGCUGCAUCAGUGUGUUGAUUCCGAAUAUGACAUUGAUUUGCUUAACGUCAGCUUUGAUGGAGAUUCAGCUCCUGAUAGAGUUUCAGGGAGGGCUGGAUUGAAGGAACUCCAGAAAAUUGCACCGUCAAGGAGGUGGAACCUUAUUGAAAUUGAUGCUGAUUUACUGAAGUUGACCUCUGAAACAAAACAUGUCAUGGCACUUAUAAAUCCUUCUAAAACCUACAUGGACCUAAACAUAGGAAUAGCAUUAUGGCUAGCUGCUGGAGGAGAUGGUUGGCUUUAUCAUACUGAGUGCAAACGUGUCAAGUACAAGUCCAUAGCCAGGAUUCUCCUGGUGGGUUCCGGUGCAGAUGAACAAUGUGCAGGAUAUGGUCGACAUAAGACAAAAUUUAGAAAUAAAAGUUGGCUCGGGCUCCAUGAUGAAAUGAAACUAGACAUGCAAAGAAUUUGGAAGAGGAAUCUAGGGAGAGAUGAUAGGUGCAUAGCCGACAAUGCAAAGGAGGUUGCAAGAUUACUUGGUCUAAAUGAAGCGGCUUGUCUGCCCAAGAGGGCAAUUCAGUUCGGGUCUAGAAUCGCGAGGGAGUCAAACAAGAAGAAUUUCGGAAGUAAUCGAGCAGCAAACCAAGCCUCUGCUGGGAGUGUGGUCAUUUAUGGGUCAUCAGAUAAUAACACAUCUGUUGCCUGA